AUGCACUUCACAAAGACCUCGAUUCUCCUCGUCAGCAUCCCUGCAGUCCUCGCAGCCCCCGCCGCCCAACAAAAGCGCGGAGAUACCUGCACACUCAUGGGAACCGAAGGAGUUAGUCAAACUACUUGCGGAGUAGCGGUAAACUGCAUUGCUGCUACCGGAAGCCUCGUACUGGAGUGCACAAACGGCGUCAAGUGGGACAACAACAAGCAAGAGCCCAUUAAGCAAACAAUCAAGGCAUCGGACACUGGCCUCGACCACGACAUUGAUUGGGACCAACAGUGGAUGACUGGUGGCUAUAAGUGGUGCAAUGCUGCGUACAAUGGAGGCGAUAAGGUUGAUGGAAAAGUUGACGACCCUAAGGUGUCGGGUAUGUUUGGUGAGACAGAUGAUAGCGAUACUUGCGGUGUUACCUUUGAUAUUUGA